AUGGCGCGCUUCGACGACCACAUGCCCACGCGGCCCGUCGACCGCGACAAGGCCGAGUCCGAGCUCUCGAUCCACAUCAAGAAGGCCACCAGCACCGAAGAGACCGCUCCCAAGCAGAAGCACGUCCGCAAGUGCAUCGUCUACACCUGGGACUACCGCACCUCCCAAUCCAUCUGGACCGGCCUCCGCGUCCAGCCCAUCCUCAGCGAUGAGGUGCAGACCUUCAAGGCGCUUAUCCUCGUCCACAAGGUCCUCCAGGAGGGUCACCAAGUCGUGCUCAAGGAGGCCCAGGCUCAGAUCGGAUGGUUCGAGACUUGCGCCCGCACCGUCGGCGCCGACAGCAUGCGCGGCUACGGAGCCCUCAUCCGCGCCUACGUCAACUUCAUCCUCGCCAAGCUCCGCUUCCACCGCCACCACAAGGAGUUCAACGGCCUCUUCGAAUACGAAGAGUACAUCUCCCUCAAGAACAUCGACAACCCCGACGAAGGCUACGAGACCAUCAUGGACCUCAUGAACCUCCAGGACCAGAUCGACCAGUUCCAGAAGCUCGUCUUUGCCCACUUCCGCGGCUCCGCCAACAACGAGUGCCGCAUCUCCGCUCUCGUCCCCCUCGUCAAGGAGAGCUACGGCAUCUACAAAUUCCUCACCUCCAUGCUUCGCGCCAUGCACCGUCGCACCGACGCCAGCGACGCUCUUCAACCCCUUCGCGAGCGCUACGACUCGCAGCACCAUUCACUCCGCAAGUUCUACUACGAAUGCGCCAACCUCAAAUACCUCACCUCCCUCAUCAACGUCCCCAAGCUCAACCACGAGCCCCCCAACCUCUUUGAACUCCCCGAAGAGGGUCCCUACCUCCCGCCUCGACAGACGCCCAAGGCGCCAACGCCGGACCCCGGUCCAUCCCAGGCAGAGAUCGACGAGCAGGCGCGCUUGCUCAAGCAGUACGAAGACAAGCAGGCCUCACUCAAGGCGCAGGAGGAAGCAGAGAGGCAACGACAAGCCGACCUCGCCGCAAAGCAGCAGCGCGACUUUGAGGAACAGCAGCGUCAGCAGGCCGAACAGCAGCGCCUCGCACAAGAGCAGCUCAUGCGUGCACAGAUGGACCAGAUGCAGGGCGGUCGUCUCGCCGAGCUCGAGCGCGAGGUCUUAGCCAUGCGCGGACAGUACGAGCGCGACCAGCUCAUGCUCGAGCAGUACGACCGUCGUGUAAAGGCGCUCGAAACCGAGCUCGCCAACAUCGGCCAGAACUUUGGCGCCCAGAUGCAGGGCAAGGACGACCUCAUCAAGCAGCUCCAGGAUCAGGUCACUCUCUGGCGCAACAAGUACGAGGCGCUCGCCAAGCUCUACUCUCAGCUGCGUACCGAGCAUCUCGAGAUGCUCGGCAAGUACAAGCAGAUGCAGAUCAAGGCUGGAAGCGCGCAGGAGGCCGUCGACAAGAUGGAGCGUAUGGAGCGCGACGUCAAGGCCAAGAACCUCGAACUCGCCGACAUGAUCCGCGAGCGCGACCGCGCCCGCUUCGACCUCGACCGCAUCAAGGCCAGUCAGAAGGAGGAGUUCGACCGACUCAAGCGCGACCUCAUGUUUGCCAACGAGCGUGCAGAGGAUGCGACGCGCGCCAAGAGCUCCGAGCUCUCGGGCAUGAUGUCCACGCUCAACCGCCAGAUCGCCGAGCUCGAGGACUCGCUGCGCGAGAAGCGCAUGGAGCUCGACGCUCGCGACGCCGAGCUGGCACGCAUCCGCGACGAGAAGGAUGCCGAGCUCGCCAUCAUGCAGGAGGGUAUGGACGCCACCAUCAAGCAGCUCACCGACAUGCAGCUCAACCAGGGCGAGAGCGACCAGGCGGUCAAUGCACAGAUCGACACGCUCAUCCUCGACAACUCCAAGAAGCUCAACGCCAUCAUCGACUCCAUCCUCCAGGCGUGCGUCGACAAGGUGGACGAUGCGCUCUACGAGCUCGAGUCGCCCUCGGCCUCGGGCAACACCACCGCCACGCCCGAGUACGUGCUCUCGAUGAUCGAAAAGGGCACCACCUCCACCAACGAGUUUGCCACCGUCUUUUCGCUCUACCUCUCCGGCGAGGUGGGCGGCGAGCACGUCGAGGUCAUCAAACGCGCCAAUCAGCUCGCCCAGACCAUCAGCGACACGCUCACCAGCACCAAGGGCAUCACAAGGUUGGCGCAGAACGACGAUGCUGCCGACAAGCUCAUCGGCACCGGUCGCGAGACGGGCAACGUGCUGCUGCGAUUCUUCAGCAACCUGCAGUCGUACCGUCUGGCCGGCGUCGCACCUGCCCAGCGCCGCGAUGUGGUGGCACGCCAGAACAUGGAGGCGCGCGCCGCGUUUGGCAACCUCAACAGCGUGGUCGAGACCAUGGUCAAAGCGGGCAACACCAUGCUUGCCAACGCCAACGGCGACAUUGGCGACAUUGUGGAGCGCGAGAUGAUGAAUGCUGCGAGCGCCAUCGAUGCUGCGACGGCCAAGCUGCAGGCGCUGCUGUCGAGGCCGAGGGACCACAACAAGUACUCGGCGGUGGAUCUGCAGGUGCACGACGCCAUCCUCGAGGCUUCGCUCGCCAUCACACGCGCGAUCGCCGGCCUCAUCAAGGCGGCGACCGAGUCGCAGCAGGAGAUCGUGGCCAAGGGACGAGGCUCGUCGACCAACCAGCAAUUCUACAAGAAGAACAACCGCUGGACCGAGGGCCUCAUCUCGGCGGCACGUGCGGUGGCGUUUGCGACGACCAUGCUCAUCGAGGCGGCCGACGGCGUCAUCAUGGGCACGCACUCGCUCGAGCAGCUCAUUGUCGCAUCCAACGAGGUGUCGGCUGCGACGGCGCAGGUGGUGGCCGCGUCGCGUGUCAAGGCCGAGUUCAUGUCCAAGACGCAGGACCGGCUCGAGCGGGCGGCCAAGGCGGUCACGGACGCGUGCCGUGCGCUCGUCAAGCAGGUCAAGACCAUCACCGACAGGCAGAGCAACGGUGCAGCCGACUUUGACUACUCGCAGAUGGCCGUGCACGAGUUUAAGGUCAAGGAGAUGGAGCAGCAGGUCGAGGUGCUCAAGCUCGAGAAGGAGCUCACCCAGGCACGCCGCGUGCUCGGUGCGAUGCGCAGGGCGGGCUACCACGCGACCGAAGACGACUAG